CGCAAAAAUCAGCUUUCGCUAUGAAUGCUACGAGCCCGAUCCACACAGACAAUAGAUUCAGAGUUGCGGUGGAAGCAAGAAGAGCAGCCAAGUGGGAUCGACUCUCUCGACGAAAGGAGGUGUUUCGACUCCACCAAAAAGCAACGGGGUGCGAAAUCCCCCCAGCUUUUGAGGUGCAGGACCCAAAAUGCUCAAUCACAAAACUUGAAGCACAAAGCAGCGCCGCCAGCUAUCUCGACAGCUUCUUCAUCUACAGCCCCCACGAAUACACCGACGAUGACGAGAGUCAGAUAAAACGUCAUGCUAUGUCCCCAAAAAAGCCGCCUCUUGCCACUAAAUGCAAGACGACGAUUGCUUCCAAGGUGGAAAGAGAGAAGCGCUCGAGACCAAGUCAGCAUUCAAUGCCAGUCCGCUAUAUUGGAGGAGACGUUUCUCGCAGCAAAGUAGAGGAAAGUGUUGGGGAAUUCGCAGGCUCAAUCGAAUACAUGAGGCUCGUCUUAGAUCCUGAGAUCGAUUCGUCAGGAAUCAUGCCAAUGAAGCCUGGAAGGAAGGAGAGGCAACAAGAAACACGAGAAGCAGAUCUGUCCUCCUCAGAUAACACAGGCAUUGGAUCCCCCCAGAAAAGAUCAAGGCGAACUACGAGUAAUCCGCAAAAUAUCUCGACUUCAGUCAGCAAUCCAUCUCGUGCAGAUCUUACAGAUCGGACCAAAAAAAUCACGUUUGCGACGCAGAAUUCAAGGGGGCGAGGAUCCUCGAGCUCGUCCGGCUUAUUGAGUGGCUCAGAGACGAACAUGGUUUCGAUGCUGGAUGGUAAACAAGGCUACACAGUGUCAUACAAGGAGCGCUCAAGGUCGCCUCCGAAAGAUAGGGAAGCGACCGAAUCCUCAGAAGCAUCCCGAUUUCAUAUAGAGAAAGGGCACAGCGCUGAGCAUAUUAUUGACCAACCAGCUGCAAAACAUGUUAAACAACGAAGAGAUAGUGGUUGCACAGAAGAACCAGAGAACCGUGAUGAGCAAUGUCUUGAUCACAACUCGAACUUCGGCCAACUUCAGUCGGGGAAGGGCUGCAGCGACUCAACCAAACCGUCUUCCAACCACUCCACUGAAGCAUCGGAGUCCCAAAGCUCUCAUAUUGCCAACAUAGUUUCUGAAGGAGAACGCAAUCUACGCAUUGACAUUGCACCGCCGUCUCCAUAUACGAACAAGACGAUCUUGAAGCAAGUUUCGACACAAUCAGCUUCUCGAUUGAUUCGACCUACAAAGGAAUAAAUAAGAGAUCAUUGGAGGCCCAGAGCUAAAGCGCUGUUCCCCGACAUAGAGAAAAAACCACCGAGGACAAAACUCGGUUUCAGCGAAACCACUGAAGAAGUUGCUAAGAGUGAAGAGAGUCUUGAUGCUCUAGACCUAGCUAAAUACGUC